CCCAAUCUAAACGUAGCAUCGACUGGCUGGUGCAGACACUUCAAAGCAUCAGCAGCACCAAAGGAAGUCCGUCCGUCGCGCUUCCUCUCUCUCUUUCUGGACGUCCCACAGCUCGUCUCCUUCAUGGCCCCAGCCAAACGCAGACGCGGCGCAGCAGCUGCCAAAAAGAACGGCUCCGAUGCUCCCUCUAAAGCCCCCGAGCCAGUAGAACAGAACGGCAUCAAGGUCACACCCAACGCCGAGGCGCAGGCACUCUCUGAGACCCUCGCACGGCUCAAAACCGAGUACGAACCGAUCAUUAAGGAGCUGCAGGGGAGAUUCAGCUUCAUCCGUGCGCUGCUUAUCGAGUUCUGGCCUGAAAUGCAGCGCGACCCGCGCGAUGAAGCGCAGCUGCCGGUCGAGGGCGACGCGCAGUGGUUCUGGUUCGCCGAGAUGCAGUUUAUGGUGAUUUUCCUGUACGAGAUCGCCUUCAUGGAGUUCUCUAUGAGCGUGACUAAGCCAGACUCCAUCACACUGGAGCAAACGCAGGAAAAGACGACGCUGGCUCAUCGUCAGGACAUGGAGGAGCGUGUCAGCUUCCUAUCACGACUGAAAAACUACGUGGACGACUUGGCCAAGUGCCGCUUAGCAGCCACCAAACAGACAGGCAAAAAAUUGCCCCGUGUAUUCCGCCUCGCAGACAUGUACAAGCUCUCAACAGGAGAGACGACGUUGCUCCAGCUGCUCGUGGUCAUGCAGGGCUGUCAGAGCAAUGCUGUGCGUUGCCAGAUCUUGGACGAGGACUCUCAACGGAGAGUUAUGACGUGUCAGAGGCUGUCGGGGCUGUCGGAAGUGGACAUCGCAGAGUUCCGAGACGAUGAGCGCGAACACGUGAAGGAAGGCACGCUUAUUGUGGACGAGGAGACGUACUGUACGAGUAUCAGUCUGUCGAACAUCUGUGUGCGUGUGCUGCUGGGACGGCACUUGACGAGUAAUCAGGCGUUGAAGGUGAGUCAGACGGCGCUGGAGGAGCUACUUAAGGGCGAGGGAAUGUCUUUCGGUGAGGUAUUAGAUACCUCGACGUCAGGUACUGGUACGUCGAACGUCACUGGACACAAACGCGACCGUAGUGAUAAGGUGGACGAAGAACAUGAAGAGGAAGAGGCUGAACACCACGGGAUUAGUGAGAGUGAGGAGGAACACGAAGACCAGGAAGAUCCCAGUGCGUCGGCGUUCUCGUUUAUUGGCAAAUACAAGACGGACAGCAAACGUGCCAAGCGUCAAGCGAAAGAAGAUGAAAAACUGUUGCUGAAAGCUGCCGAGGCGGGCAGUGACAAGCACCAUUUGCUGUCUUCUUUGAUGGACUCGAGUGAACUGAAACCGUACAGUCCGGAGAACCAACUGGAGUAUCUGGAGGACCGUUUCCAGGUUGUGGCGUUCGCGAUCCGUGCGUCGGGUGCACGUGUGAAGGACCAGAUGAAGGAAGCAGGCACGAAGCAGCCAUGGGAAUCGUCGGCACCUGCGUCUGCUGGUCGACGUGAACUCAAGGCCAAACAGCGCGUGUACAGCCGUCGGGCGCAGCAUCGAUUGGCUUUGACACGACGAGCUGGUCGUCCUUUGCCACGACUGGAGGAAUUGGCGGCCAAGUUCAAGCUGAAUCGCUUCGAACAGAAUGUGAUCGUGAUGCUCAUUGGCAAGACCAUCUCUCCGGUGAUCAAGAACCUCAUUGACGGCGUGGACACGUCUCCAGUGCAGCGUAUGGACGAGAGUGUGAUCAUCAACCAGAUUCUGUCCAUCUUCUGUGAUACUUUCCAAGAACAAGUGGCGCAUCGAGUCUUCUUCUACAAGUCUUCGCGUCUGCUCAGUCGCGGUCUCGUGAAGCUUCAUAGAGGACGAUGGCACUCGACAGCGGGAGAUCUCGUGGAUCAGCGUGUGGAACUAGACCGUCGUGUGUUGGACUGGGUUGUUGGUUUGGAUACAGAGAUGAAUGAGUUGGUGGAAGGCUCGGAUCUUUACACGCCGAAGGUGCAGCUGGACCAGGUGGUGCUGCCUGAAGAGCACAAGAGCACGAUCUUAGAAACGGUGGAGAGUUACGAGAGCUUCCGGAGAUAUCGCAAGAAGAGCGGACUGGAGCAGGCAGGCAUGGCGUAUGGAGCUGGACUGGUGUUGUUGCUGUGCGGUGCCAGUGGAACUGGUAAGACUAUGACGGUGAACGCUGUCGCUCACCACUUGAAAAAGCGUGUGCUACUAGUGGACUUCCCGUCACUGCAGGGUAAACGUCAAGAAGGUAUGGAGACGGACGCAGACUUGCGCGGUCUAUUCCGUGAAGCUGACAUGAGCAACGCUGUGCUCUUCUUCGAUGAGUGUGAGAACAUCUUCCGACAACGUGACGGCGGAGGCGAUCGGCUAUUGAAUGCGCUACUUACGGAGAUCGAGCGAUACGAAGGCAUCGUGUUCCUUGCCACCAACCGGCCGUUUGACCUGGACGAGGCUAUGCAUCGGCGUAUCACUGCCGUGUUCGAGUUCAAGGCACCUGACCACAUCCAGAGACGGAAGAUUUGGGACGUUUUGUUGUUGCGUGGCGCUUUGAAGACCGAGGAAGGCAUCGACUGGGACGCGAUCGCUCUCAAGUACGAGCUCAGUGGUGGCUUCAUCAAGAACGCCAUCCUCUCGUCCUUACUGAAGGCCAUUUCAAGAAACGGCGAGGCGCCCGUCAUCUCCCAAGCAGACAUCGUAGCCGGCUGUGCGCUGCAGAUGCGUGGCAGUCUACACAUGAAGACGUUCGACCAUCGCGUUGUGCCUACUAACGGACUGGACGAACUCAUCGUCGAGAACUCCGUAAAGGACAAACUGCGUCGCAUCGUGCAGUUCGAGAAGGCUCGCAGUGUUAUCUACGGCCAGUGGGGCUUUGACUUUGGCCAGUCCAACAAGCAACAGAAAGGAGUGAGUGUGUUGAUCUGCGGACCUGCAGGCAUCGGCAAGCUGGACGCAGCCAAGGCGAUCGGCUUCGAGAUCGGUCGACCCCUCAAGGUCGUCAACUUUGGUCAACUGGCAGCAGACUCGGCGGCUGAGACUCGAAAGGCGCUUCGUGCUGUGUUCGACGACGCUCGACUGAUGGAUGCAGUGCUGGUGCUUACAGGCUUCGAGUCGUUCGGCAGUCACAUUGAAGGAGGCGUCAUCCCCAUCGACAGUCUGGAGUCAUCCCCUCGCUUCCGUAUGGAGGUGAUGAGGCUGCUGGAGCUCAUGGACACGUUCCCUAGCACCACCAUCUUGCUGGCCAAUGUGGACAGAGCUGCAGCGUCGUCUCUUGUGCAGUCCGAGUUCUGUCGGCGGCUUAAGUUCGUGGUGGAGAUGAGGAAUCCCAACGCUAAGCUGCGUGAGAAGCUGUGGCGCUCUUGUUUCCCGCCUAAAGCGCCGCUGGACACCAAAAAGCCUAUCGAUUUCCAGCGUCUGGCUGAGCGCUAUGAUCUGAGCAACACGUCUAUUAGUGACGCGGUGUUCCGUGCCGCUGCGAGUGCUGCUCUGCGGGAAGAGAGCAAGCGUGUGAUCACGAUGAAGGACCUGACUGAUGCAGCUGAGAUCGAGCGACAAAAAGCUCGUGGUGGCGCUGCUGCGAUGGAUAAUCUCUUCGUCUAAGCAUAAUGAAAAGCCUAUGUAUGGAAUGGAUAACAGAGCGGACACUGUAGCAGAGAUGAUAGAGGUUGGAGACGGUAGUGGUUAACACGGCAUCACCUUCAUUCCUUCAGUUGAUUGUCCUGAUCGACCUGUUUUACUUUCGUCUUUGUCAAUGGCAUCAGCUCUAGAUGAUGAAGGGCA